AUGUGUGCUCCCAUGCUUUCCUUUCUUCCCUGCAGUAGAAGUUUGAUUUAAAAUAAAGCUGUUCCCUUGGCAUUUCAGGAAAAUCUUUUUCUGAGGAAUUUCAGCAAUGAAUGGGUUUGGAGUCCUGCUUCGAAGUAACCAGUUCAUCCUCCUGCUCUUCUUUCUCUUGCAAAUUCAGAGUCUGGGUCUGGAUAUUGAUAGUCGCCCUACCACGGAAGUCUGCGCUACACACACAAUUUCACCAGGACCCAAAGUGUGUGGAUGUUUGGAACCAUUUUUUCCUCUUCUCCCUUUGAGUCGAUGCCAAGAAAAUUUCAAGGUCAGGAGGGGAAGAACAAAACACCAAUCCAUCAAAAUAUGGAUAAAUAUGAGUCGGGAGUUUUCUGUUCUUAAAGGAGAUGAUGGUGAAAAAGGAGAUCCAGGAGAAGAGGGAAAGGAUGGCAAAGUGGGGCGCAGGGGACCAAAAGGAAUUAAAGGAGAACUGGGUGAUAUAGGAGCCCAGGGCAAUAUUGGCAAGUCUGGGCCCAUUGGCAAGAAAGGUGACAAAGGGGAAAAAGGUUUGCUUGGGAUACCUGGAGAGAAAGGCAAGGCAGGUACUGUCUGUGAUUGUGGAAGAUACCGGAAAGUUGUUGGACAACUUGAUAUUAGUGUUGCUCGGCUUAAGACAUCUAUGAAGUUUGUCAAGAAUGUCAUUGCAGGGAUCAGGGAAACUGAAGAGAAAUUUUACUACAUUGUACAGGAGGAAAAGAACUACAGGGAAUCCCUCACCCACUGCAGGAUCCGGGGUGGCAUGCUAGCCAUGCCCAAGGAUGAAGCCAUCAACACCCUUAUUGCUGAUUAUGUUGCCAAGAGUGGCUUCUUCCGGGUGUUCAUUGGGGUGAAUGACCUUGAGAGAGAGGGGCAGUACGUGUUCACGGACAACACUCCGCUGCAGAACUACAGCAACUGGAAGGAGGGGGAGCCCAGUGAUCCCUAUGGUCAUGAGGACUGCGUGGAAAUGCUGAGUUCAGGUGGAUGGAAUGACACCGAGUGCCAUCUUACCAUGUACUUUGUUUGUGAGUUUGCCAAGAAGAAAAAGUAAUUUCCCUCAUGCUACCCAGCUGUAGUUCCCUGUGGUUACCACUUGUCUUCCUAAUUACACUAAAUUCACUCUGACUCAAGACCAAUAGGAAAUUGGAAUUCUAGGUCUUGGCAUCUCCAACACCACGCUCUUCUGUGACAUAUUUGUCAUGUUUGUAUGUAAUAUAUCAUUGACCCAAUAGCUCACCAGACGACAUGGGUCCUGAGAGAGAGUUUGAAUUACUAGUUGAGCAGGAGGUGUUUGUCUAUGCUCACAUGAAGUGUUCACUUGGAAUUUGCUCUGACACCUCUCCUUUAAGCCCCUUCCACUGUGGGUAGUUGACCAGUUGGUUGGAGAUGAUUAGGUUGAUUGGUCAUGAAUAAGCUAACCUGCCCUUGCUCAAAGCCAGAUACCCAGGAAGGACUUCUGUGAGUAUUGCCAAGGUAUUACCUGUUUUUCAAUCCAAAUAGUUGACCAGUCACUCACUGUGGCCUUGAUCAAACUUGGAAGUUCCCUUUGUUUACCCAGGCAUAGAAAUACUUAACCCCAAACCUCUCUAUGAGGAACUCCUAGCUCUGUUCCAGAUCACGUGGGCUCAGAGACACUCCUUUUGUGCUUCUGAUCUGUAUCCUUCACUGAAGAAUACCAGACUAGAGACUUGGACCUGUUCUGUAGACCUACAUAUUCAUUUCAGGCCCCUAGAUAUUAACCUUUGGACUUAAGUAAAAGGGAACUCUGAAAAUUGAAAAGAAAAAAGAAAGUAUUUUCAAACAAUGUAUUUUAUAGUCAACCUGAUAAAUUGCUGCCUCCCAUUAACACAGCUCCGUUUUUCUUCAUUACAAGUUUAUUCAUAUAGACUUUCCUCCCCUUAAGCAUGGAGAAUGAGGGAGGGGUUGUGAAGUCUUCAAAAAGUUCUAGAGGCUAUAACUUGCUACCAUCACCGGGUCUGCAGGUGCCCUCCCCCUUGCCUCCAAUGUGUCACUCAGUAACAUUUCAUGGGAAGCCCUUCACUCUCUACAUACUUAUGGGGUGAAAAAAUCCAUUCCAGAGGUCCUUUCCUACUGCUUGGACAUCACAGGUCUGUGUCUGGCAUGGAAUUUGGAACAUGUGUAGAAUUCACAUUUAUUAAGCUAGUAAAAUUCUGCCUCAAACGGCAGACUGAAUCUCAAAGCAGUUUUCACUUGGCAUUUAAAAGUAAACAGUUCAACAAAACUCUAGAUUAUCCUCUUAUAAACUGAUGCUCCAGUUAUGGUUUGUGACAUAAGAUUAGACUAAAAUGCUGGCAAAAGGGUUAAUGAAAUAAGAAAAACUGAUCAACAACAUAUGUUCUCCUUAAACCAUCUGUCCAUGAUUUUUCCCAUGACUGGUUAUGAGUUAAGAUUUAAUGAGGUUAGUUCUGUGGGGUCAGCAAGGGCCACAAACUCAGAUCCUACAGGGGGUAGACCAACAACAUACGUAAAUGAGGUGGAACAGGGGAAGACCUCAAUACAUGAACACAAUUGCUCUUCUGAAGGAGCCACCUGCUCCUCAGCCUCUGCUAAUGUUGCCAUAGAGUAACUCCUGUUGCUGUAUAAGACCUGGCAUUUGAAGAGAAGUCAGAAAGCUGGAACUUUAUAUCUUCAUAUUUUUAAAUGCUGACAGCUAAUCAAUUUUUAACCUAGAUUUUAAAGUCAUACAAAAAAGUCUACUAGCCAAAAUUGUGAUCUUUCCAUUUCUCACUUCUGAGGCAAAGUUCUGAAGACUCUAAUCAUAUUGAAAGUCAUUAGGAUAUGAUGACAUGAAAGUCAAGGUCUCUCAUUAAUGUCUUAUUCAAGUCACCUUAAUAACAGAAAUUUGUCAGGUUAUGGAGUUCAUUACUUAGUCCCUUUUGAGAAUGUGACAUAGGCUAUUUUGAGGACUGGACAGACUUAAUAAAAAUUAUAAAACAGGACAACAUGCCCAAACCUAUGUCCUUGGAUAGAAUGCCAGCCAAGAUCAUUAGGAACAGGAACACCUAGAAAUACAUGGAGGGAAAGGGAUAAGAGAGGAGGGAGGAACAGACAACCACCUAGCCUAGGAAAAGCUCCCACUGGGAUCCAUAUUCUGAUUUGUUCUGGGUCCCCCAAAGUAUGAAUGUUUAUUAUGCAUAGUGCAAAUGCUAUCAUUCUGUUAUGAAUAUUAUAAUACCAACAGAAGUUCAUUCAAUGACUCAUCUUUGCUAUGGAUGUUUUCAAGAGAUAACAAACCUUCGAAGAGUAAGAUUCACACUGAAUCCUUGCCUGCAAGAAAUUUAGAAAGCAUCACACAUUUAAUUGGAAUUACUAUGAAAACCUACAUUUGUGAAGAACUUUUGCUUUAUGAAAUGCCUCUGCACACCAUUGUUCCUUUGAUCCUGAUAAAGCUUGUGAACUAUGAAGCAUAGACGUUUACUGUCAUUUUCCCAAUGAGAAUACUGAGGUCCAAGGAAACAAGAAAAUUUAAUAAAAUAGA